GGACACGCGAGCUCGGCUGCAGCCUCCGGGCCACCUCGGAAGGCAUUGAGCGCCAUAACUGUGGCGGCCGUUCCCUCAGAGUCCCCUCCCGGCGCCCCUUGCCGUGCCUGUUCCGUGCUGUCGGGACUCGUGGGGGCCAGACCUCGGGGCUAGAGGGCAUGCUCUUUCUGCCGCCUGCGGCUGGCCAGUCCUAGCAGCGAGAGGGCGCACCCUGGCUGUUUGAGCCUUGCCGAGCGGGAAGACACCGAGUGUCUGGAGCGGGGAAGACCGGCAGUGCAGGGAGCAACCCGGCACCCCUACAGCCCAAAUGCCAAGCUAGCGGGAGCGCGGGCGCCCUGCCGGCUGGCGGACGGCGAACUUUCCUUUAUCCCGUCAUUGUUAGGACCCUGUGAGUGUUCGCAGCAGCCUAGCGCCCUGCGGUCCUGGGGGUGCGAAAAUCACCAAUCACGGGGAGAUUUUUCUGCCACCGGGCAUGAGCCUUGGCUUUGGUGGAGACUGGUUUUAAAUUACUUCGGGCAACCUGCGUUCAUUAUUUGUCAGGAAGAAAGUGGAGUGGGCAUCUCAAGGCUAUCUAUAGACAACAGAAGCAAGGUUCCUACAAUCAAAAGUGCUUCUGUGCUUAGUCUUUGGAUCUAAUCUUCCAGACUUGGGAAAGGAAAGUAUCCCUGUGGUUGCAGUGAAGAAUCCAGUAUUAUAUUGUGGAGUGGUCAAGAUCCAUCAGUGUGAAUCAUCAGGCUUUGACCUUUGUUCUGGAAGACGAUCUCAAAGGAUGCACCAUGAUGAAACGACAGAGACCUUUCAGCAGCAGUGAGAGUUCAGAUGAAUGUCCUUCUACUUCCUUUACUUCUAGCUUAAUGUAUAGGAAGAUGUCAAAAAAUCCCAAGGAGCAUAAGAAGUCUGCUGAGGUAUUCCGAAAGGACCUCAUCAGUGCGAUGAAAAUUCCUGACUCUCACCAUGUUAAUCCUGACAGCUAUUACCUCUUUACUGACACAUGGAAAGAAGAGUGGGAAAAGGGAGUACAAGUACCAGCCAAUCCAGACUCUGUUCCAACACCUUCUCUCAGGAUUAUAUCUGAAAAGGUAAAGGAAGUUCUCUUUGUCCGGCCACGGAAAUAUAUCCGUUGCUCUAGCCCAGAGUCUGCAGAGCCUGGCUAUAUCAAUACCCUAGAGCUGGCAGCAUCUACAUGCCGCUAUGACCUAGAUGACAUGGACACCUUCUGGCUUCAAGAACUCAAUGAAGACCUUGGAGAAAUGGGUUAUGGGCCAAUUGAUGAGACGCUUAUGGAAAAAACAAUAGAAGUUCUAGAACGCCACUGCCAUGAAAAUAUGAACCAUGCUAUUGAGACAGAAGAAGGGCUAGGAAUAGAAUAUGAUGAAGAUGUGAUCUGUGAUGUGUGCCGGUCUCCAGACAGUGAAGAAGGGAAUGAUAUGGUAUUCUGUGAUAAGUGUAACGUCUGUGUGCAUCAGGCUUGCUAUGGCAUCCUUAAGAUUCCAGAAGGCAGUUGGCUGUGUCGUUCCUGUGUCCUGGGCAUUUAUCCACAGUGUGUUUUGUGUCCUAAGAAAGGUGGAGCCAUGAAGACCACCAGGACAGGGACUAAAUGGGCCCAUGUCAGUUGUGCCCUGUGGAUUCCAGAAGUCAGUAUUGCUUGUCCUGAGAGAAUGGAACCUAUCACAAAAAUCUCCCAUAUUCCACCUAGCCGGUGGGCCUUAGUUUGCAGCCUAUGCAAGUUGAAGACGGGGGCUUGUAUUCAGUGCUCUGUGAAAAGCUGUAUCACUGCCUUUCAUGUCACCUGUGCCUUUGAGCACGGCUUGGAAAUGAAGACUAUCCUAGAUGAAGGUGAUGAAGUAAAAUUCAAGUCAUUUUGCCUCAAGCAUGGCCAAAACAAGCCAAAAAUUGGGGAGGCCGAGUACCACCACCAUAGAGUUGCUGAGCAGAGCCAGGCAAAAAGUGAGAAAACCAGCCUGCGGACACAGAAACUUCGUGAACUAGAGGAAGAAUUCUACACCUUGGUCCAGGUGGAAGAUGUUGCCAAAGAGCUGGGGCUAUCUGCAUUAACUGUUGACUUUAUCUAUAACUACUGGAAACUGAAGCGCAAAAGCAACUUCAACAAGCCAUUAAUUCCUCCCAAAGAGGAUGAAGAAAAUGGCUUGGUACAGCCAAAAGAAGAAAACAUCCAUACUCGUAUGAGAAUGUUUAUGCACCUGCGGCAGGACCUAGAGAGGGUUCGAAAUCUAUGCUACAUGAUAAGCAGGCGAGAGAAGCUGAAACUUUCACACACCAAAGUGCAAGAACAGAUCUUCGGUUUGCAAGUCCAGCUUAUCAACCAAGAAACAGAAGGACUUUCUUUGACAAAUGCACUAGAGAACUCAUUGUUUUACCCACCACCACGUAUCACCUUAAAGUUGAAAAUGCCUAAAUCAGCCUCAGAAGACUGCAGAGACAGCUCCACAGAAACAGAACACCAACCCUCCUCACCUGGCAGCAGCUCCCCUGGUCACAAUAAAAGGAGCCCACAAAUGCCUGAGGAGCCACUGGACAUGAAUGUGAAAAUGUAUCCAAGACAUCCACUAGAAAUCAAGAGUAACUGUUUGCUGGCUAGUCGCAGUCAUUCUCGAAGUGAAGCCAAGAGUUCCAGUCCUGCUCAGAGAGCUCCAUCUGCCGAGUUCUAUCAUGGGCAAUCAUCAGGAAAGCCUCUGGCCCUUCAGGCUGCCCUCCACGGACAGGCUUCUAUUGGUAAUGGGAAGAAUCAGCCUAACUCCAGGCUUGCCGGUUCCAAUGGCCUGGAGGGCAACUGGUCUGGGAACAUCACCCAGAAAGAUAAUUUAGAUGAGAUGUUCUGUGACCAGGAGUCAGUGCUCAGCUCCUACUUACCCAGUCAGGGCAACAUUAGAAAAUCUGGCAUAGAACACUUUAGCAGAUCCUUUAAGGAGGCCACCAAUACAUGGGUGAGGCCCACUGAGGACCUCCAGUACUGUGUUAAACCAACUAAGAAUGUGAGUUCUAAGGAGCAGUUGUGGGGUAGACAGCUUCUCAGGCGGUCAGCAGGAAGAGCUCCAUAUCAGGAAACUGAUGGGUAUUGCCCUGAUUUAGAGCCCAGCGAUUCAGAAGCAGAAGGGGAAGGGAGUAAAGAAACACCAAGGGUAAAGAGAGAAAGUUCUGACCGAGAAAAUCCUUCUCAUGAUUCUGUUCGGGAAUGCCAUGGGAAAAGCGAGACACAUCCUCAUUCCCACAGCUCAAUGCAAAGGUGAUCAGAAAUACCUAAGCAGCUUUUGCCUUUUCCCCACAUUCUAGGGGAAAUCUAAACACCAAAAGGAUUCUAGUGUAUAUUAGGAGGAAUUGCAGGGAAAAUGAUGGUGUGAUGUUUUUGAAAAGGUUUCAGGUCUAGUUUUUAUAAGCACAUUACAAGAGUUGCAGAUUGACUGGGGUUGCUUUGUUGGAGGCUGCUGGUAACAGUUGGGCCCAGAGUAUUUGCUCAGUGAGUACUUCAGGACUGCUUUUCAGUUAUCUUAACACACUGAUUAAUCUACGUAUUAAGAAUCCUUGCAUUGUCAAUGGAUUUGCAAGAGAACAUGACAGACACUAAAACUACUUAUCUUUUGAAACUAUAACAUGUGACUCCUUAGAGCUCAUGUCUGUAGAAAGUUUCUAAUUCCACUGGUAUCUAUAAACCUCUUUAAGGGAGAGACCAGGAGAGCAGCAUUCUCAGAUACUGUCACUAUUGUCUUCCUUGCUUCAUGCAAGGUUGAGUUUCUUUCACAGUAUCAUAUCGUAUAAAGGCAAUUCUCCUAAGUGUCCAGUGCCUGUUCCUAGACUUGCUUGUUGGGAACACACUCAUAACUCUCUUAUCCAGCUAACAAGCUAACUUGUGGAUAGUGUUUACAAAAGUACUACUUCCAAGGAAAUGCUCUGCUUCUCAAGGCAUUUGCGAAGACUUCAGAGCCUUUCCUGAAGUGUGACCUUUUCUGGGAUAUUUGUACCAGGUCAGGGUUUUUUGUGUUGUUUUCAAAUAAGUUUGACUAAAGUUGGGCUGACAGUUUUUGUAUACCUGCUUUAAUGUUUAUAAAAUUUUUAUUGAGGUAUAAUUAAAAUAUAGUGUAAUGCACAGAGGGUUAAGUAUUCUUACCUGCUUUAAUUUUGAAACAGAUUUUUAUUGUCAGACAAAUUUGAAAGCAUGUGUUUAACACAUGGAUAUAAUUUAGCUUUGUAUGAAUAUUGAAUCCAAGGCAAUUUCCCAAGUGUAAAAGUUAGAGCCAUUUUUCAGAACUUGAUUAUACCACAUUACCAAAUAAUUAGCCUUGAUUCAUUUCUAGAGGAAGAGAAUUUUGAAUUAGAGAAUGAUAUAGGUCUGCUUCCCAUUUAAGAUAAGGGGAAAGUAGCAGUUUAUAAAAUGUGAGGCAGACUGUAAUUCUCAACUCCCUUUUCUUCUUAGCCUUAAAAUAAUAUUCUCUUUCUUCUAGUUUGGGAACAUACAGAGAAAGUUUUCAAACAAGAGGCCAUUUUCAAUUUCUGAAGUUUCAUGCUGGUGCCAGUGAGGGCAGUAGCCCUCUAGCCAAUGCAGUGGAGCAGUUGGCCCCCUCCUGCUUAUGUUCUUAGAACCUUGUUAAAGGCGUCUUUGGGGUUUUGUCCCCUCUCCCUCUCCCUCUCCCUCUCCCUCUCCCUCUUCCUCUCCCUCUCCCUCUCCCUCUCCCUCCUGUAUUUUGCCUUUGGCUGCAUCUUCAAAAUGUUUGUGUGCCUAUGAACAUGUAUAAAAUGUGUGAACAUACUAUAACAUGUGUAGUAGGUGUUCUGUAUUUUGUUUUAGUUGAAAAAUGAGGAAGAAAAUUUCCUCUUAAUACCCUCAGCCUCUGUUUUUGAAUACUCCUGAGUACAUAUAAAUUUAACACUUUCAUGGUAAAGAGAGUAUAAUGGAGGUGAGUGGUAAAUUUCUUAUAUUAAAGGCCAGUAAAUUGGCCUGUGUGCUUUCAUGCCUUUGAAUUCUGAGUGGGGGUGGGGAACAAACAUGAAAACAGUGCUUUAGCCAAAUUCCAUUGGGAGAGUAUUGCCUGAAAAAUCAUUCAAGUCAGGGAAAUAAAAUGGUAAUAUUUUUUACAGAAUUUUCCUGGGUAACAAAUGAGCCUUCAGUUUGUAUACAUUCCAAAUACCCCAAAAUGCAUCUGCAACAUUUUGUUCUUUGAAGUAUUACCUCUUAACCUUUGUUAAUGUUUUUUGUCUUGUCUUAAAUAAUUCAAGUUUUGAAGAUAAACUCAAUCUUUUUUCAAAUGUCACCUUUUUAUCAAUACUUUUUCAUUAAAUUAUGAAAACUAUAAACUACUGUUAGUGUGGUAAUUUUCUGUUUUGGCAUACUGAUUUUUAAAAAUCUAUGAAUUUACUUAUGUUAGAAGGGAGGUUCAAGGAUGAGGAAUUGAAUGUUUAGAAGCACAAAAUCAUCUGAUCAUGGCAAUGCACGCCUAGACUCCCAGCAUUUAAGGCUGAGGCAUGAAGAUAACUUCUAGGACAGCCUCGGAUAUAAGACCCUGUUUCAAAGAAAAAAAAGAAAGAAAAAAGCACAUAUUCACAAUUCAGGUCAAUAUCAGAAUUCAAAGAGAACCCUUUGUACUUUGCCCAGAAACCAUGAUUUCAUCAGGCUAGUAAGAUAAAAACCUUAGGAUCAACAUUUAAAAUGGUCAGUGACAUAACGUGACAGGAUACACAAGACAAUUGUUUAUAAUACUCAUUUUAUGCAGAACUCUGGAAGUCUGUCAUGGAAUCAAAGUUAUAUGGUCUCAUUGGGCAGGACUUUGAGGGGGUCAAUAUUUUCAAGUUGUCAAGGAUCAUUAAGUAAAUCAAUAGUGAAAGAGAUGAAAAUGAUUGUUUCUGCCUCUACCUACCUCAUGUGCUUGUUAGUAGAUGACUGUUUUAGUAAUUCAUUCUGAAGAUUUUAAACUAUUAAGUAUAUCCUGUUACAUCCAAAAAAGGUUGUUGGGUUUAUAAGAAUGUAUACAUUUCCAGUGGUAGGUGAACGUUUGUGUUAAAGAAAUGUUUAAAUGUAGAGAGCAAGCCAGAUAAUAAUGCACAGUCCCAGGUUUUUUACCUGCAAGAUCAAAAUCCUCAAUAUGUUUGCUUGUUUAUUUGGGUUUUAUAUUUUGUUUUGUUUUUCUGUUUUACUAUGGUGAGACUGGAAACCAAGACUCUGAACGUGCUAAAUAAACACUCUCACACUGAGCUGCCAAGCCCCUUUACUGGCUUUCAGAACAGAAGAAAAGUACACAGCAGCAAAAGCAUAUUUAGCGCCCAUUAACUUUGAUGUAUUAUUUAAAAAACUGUAUUAUAUAAACACUUGAUUUUCUCAGUUGGAUUGUUUUGUGAAAAUCAGAAAUUGUGUGAUAAUGGUUUUAAAAGAAGGUUUAGUUAAUAAAUCCCACCUUGGGAGUGGCCCUUCUGCAGCCAACUUUUUUUUUUAAAUAUUUUUUAUUGAAAAAAAAAUUUCCGCCUCCCAUUUCCCUCCCUGUCUCCCUUUUCCCCCUUCCUCCUCUCCUCUCCCCCUCC